UCGUCAUAGUCAAUUUCAACUAAUUUCAACUCAACUCAACUCAAUUCAACUCAAUUUAACUCGAUUUAACUCACCUCAACUUAACCUUUGAUAAUCCUGUAUCUCCAAUCAGCCCUGCAACCCACAUAUUCCAUUUUCUGAGCUUCUCUAUACCCUAUUAUGUUCUUUCUACCCGUCCAAUUUGAAGGCUCUCAUACCAUAUAAUGUGCGGGCGCUACUCAUUAGCCUUGCGGCCAGCGCAAGUCCGCCAAAUGCUACAAGACAAUGAUAUGGCCGUAGAUGAGGCACCAGAUGAUGAAGGCGACGGAGCGCCUAGACAAAGUUAUAAUUUUGCUCCCGGCUACCAUGGCAUUGUCUAUCGUGCAAACGUCCCAGAUUGGGGAGCCGGUCCUCGAAGGCAGCACGCCAAUGAUUCUAAUAAUUGCCCAACUACAAGUCACGCCCAAAGUGAGGCCGGAGAUGACGUAUCCAAGUCUCAGCCUACUAGUUAUAAAUUGCAGAGCAUGAAAUGGGGAUUGGUUCCUUUCUGGACCAAGCGCAACCCAGACUACGGUUCGAUGAUGAAAACCAUUAACUGUAGGGACGACUCUCUCGCCCAAAGUGGUGGUAUGUGGAACACCAUGAAAGCAAGAAAGCGAUGUAUCGUCAUUGCGCAGGGGUUCUAUGAGUGGUUGAAGAAAGAGGGAGGCAGAGAAAGGAUACCACAUUUUGUUAAAAGAAAGGAUGGCAAGUUGAUGUGUUUCGCUGGGUUAUGGGAUGUGGUGCAAUAUGAGAAUGAUGAGCAGAAGCAUUACACAUACACGAUCAUCACCACCAGCUCAAACAAACAACUUAACUUCCUCCAUGAUCGCAUGCCGGUCAUCUUGGAAAAUGGGUCUGAAGACAUACGCAUGUGGUUAGAUCCUAAACGUCAUGAAUGGUCAAAAGAGUUACAGAGCCUGUUAAAACCUUUCGAGGGAGAAUUAGACGUGUACCCAGUCAGCAAGGACGUCGGCAAAGUGGGCAACAACUCGCCUACAUUCAUCGUUCCCGUCGAUAGUAAAGAGAACAAGUCCAAUAUAGCAAAUUUCUUUGCUAAGGGCGCUGCGCAGAAAGGUGUAAAGAAGGAGCAACCAGAUAUUGAAGUCAAGAAGGAAGAAGGAUUCACCACCGAAGAUUCGACUGAAACGAAAGAAGAAAGUAAAUUUGCAGUGGGCAUCAAGAGAGAAGCUGAGGAUAUGCCCGCUGAUGAGGAACCUCCGAAGAAGCUACCUACUACGACGACGAGAUACCCUUCUGGAGCACCAAACAAACCGUCUUCGCCACAGAAGGGAGGGAGGCAAAGCAUUAGCGCUACUAGCAAUCGGACCAAGAGCCCAAAUAAGACGAAACAGCCCGGCACGCAGAAGAUAACCAAAUUCUUCGCGAAUAGUUCUUGAUAAGCUGCUUCAGCAAUUAUGAUGCAUAACUCGCGAGUAGUAGUACACCAGCAAACUUUCAUCUCAAGAUCAACCUCAAUUUUGAACUUGUCAAAGUAGCGUCAAAGUAGCUUGUGCUCACACAUCGGGCGCAUAGUUUUGCUAGCGAAUGGAGAGAGUAGGAUUGCUUGGAGAAAAUGAAUAAUAAGCAAACGAGAAGAUACCAGACUCAGAAUGAUAUUCUGUUACCAUUGGAUAUUUUGGUAGAGCUCCAUCUAUCUCAGAGUUUAAGUGACCACUACUCACGUAGAAGCCGAUGCUAUUAAGAUUUCUCGCGUCCUAUACAUUGGCGGUAACUCAAGUUUGAUUGACUAUAUAAACGCUCACUACCUGAUUGGAC